ACAGCGUUUGAACUGUGUAUGUCGCCCGACCUAGUUGUACUCAGCUCUAUACGAUUUCAUGCUACGUCUAUUGCGUGGGCAGUUCUAUUGCGAACGAGGAUGAGCACUGGGCGAGGGGCGCAGAGAAGUAGAGGGAAAGAGAGAUGAUGGCUGUACUUUCGUUCCGUCGUGAGUGUUCAGUUUGGGUACAUGCUCCGUCAUCCACCCCCCUAGGGUGUCGCUACCUUAACGUAUAACCUACACACACGUUCAACAUUUCGGUCACUGCUGGGUUGCAUCUGUGAUAUUGCGCGCAGAGCUUCUGUCACGAUGAAAGUUUCACAUACAUUCGACAUAACUCUCUCCAGAUUCUACAUUCCAACGUUUACAUACAACUCGAACGAUGUACACUUCUUUGGAGCGCAUAUUGUCUCCCCUCUCCCGCUAGCCUUUCUCAAAUGAUGACCCUUUCGCGAGUCCCUUUCCCUUCUGUACAGGGAAAGGGAAAACGUACGAUUUUCUCUAGGCCUGUACGCUACAAGUGUUUUUCGGUAAAACAGAGUAGACGCGUCAGCAAGCUGUGCGCCGAAACUUGUCGUGAAAGUUCGUUUUUUUGUCACAAGAGAAGUGGUAUUGAACCAACUAGACCACACAGAAUAUCUAUAAGACAUUGAAACUUUGUUUAUUCCAGCUAUCCUUAGAGGGGAUUGCUCUAAUAUUAGAGUGUUUCCACUAGAAAAAGUUCCCCAACAUAAUUCACUGCAUUACACUGAGCUUAUUCUGUGAGCUUCAGUUAUGAGUUAAGAUUUUAGUAGCCGUCGUGCUGCACGAGGGAAGUUAUAAGAGGCAUUGCAGUUGACAAGUCGGAGAAGGCCAGCCUACAUUAGCUUCAAUUUGGUAGAGAGGUCCCAAUGCGGAGCAGUUCAACACCACCUAUCUAAGUGCUAUUGUAAUAGUGACCAGCAAUAUCAGCAAGGACUGAUCUAAGCAAGGCACGAGUCAAUUAGUGUGUCCUGGCGGGAUUUACCGGUACAAUGAAGAUCGCUGUAUAGCUGUAUCGAAAUAGUGGUCUAGGCGGUAGAUCGUAAAUAUCACCGGAGUGAAACAUUGUGUGCUAGCGUUAGCCGAACAACGGUAACGUUCCAAUACACAAGUGAAUGACGCGCGUUUUUUUUUAAUCUGCUAUAGUAAAGCUCUAUUUGAAAAAAUAGUUAAACAAAAAAAAAUUGAGGAUCUGAUCAGAGCUCAAAGUCAAGCGUUCGUCAAACGUUGUAAGUAUGUCGAUAACGGUUGGAGAAAAAGCAGCGAAUUUUAGUAACCGCUCAAGGACUCAACAGCCGGUUGGAAGCGUCCCUCCAAAUGCAUGGCAAAUCCGCGUCGGCCCGUCAAAAUGCCUUACAUGCAAAGCGUGCGAGACCCUUACAAAAUGUUCCAAUGCUCGUAGGCGGUGGGUCAUCUGCUUAAUGGUUGGUUCCAUGAGUCUUUUAAUCCUCUUUAUCAUACUGGGUACAUAUCGUACACGUAUGGUGAAUCCGACACCUAGGAACACCACUGGCGCUGAUUUAUAUACAGGUUUAGCACCGACAAGUCUACCUGACAAUGAUUCCACAACACAGGCAACUGUACAUCCGGCCACCGGUUCGGCCUCAAUUGACAUGUCUACAAACGCGAUAACAACGGAAUCUCCUAACGAGCAGCUAUCAGGAACGAAGCAAACAUCGCAAGCAUCUAGUUCCGCAAGAAACGAUAACUCGACUCUGUCAUCUGGGAUGUUUUCUGAGCCAGCACCUUUUUCAACGACGAAGAUGGAAGUAGAUACCUUUGAUACCAGUACCUCCAGCGAAGUCGAUCCCGCGACCACCACAGUUGUAGCAGCAGCAGCAGCAGCAGCAGCUUCAACUCAGAAUGCCGAAGGCUCUGUGCUAAAUGAAACCGGGUCUUCUGAUCUUGUAAAGGAGACUAGCAGCGGUUCUGAAAGCGAGUCAUCGGGCUCCACGGAAAGUGCCGUAGCGGGCUUCACCACAAGUUCAAAUACGGCUUUCACGUCAAUAGCAUCGGACGAACCAGUGCUGAUGGUCUCUAUUGCAAGUACUCUGUCUUCACCGCCGUCUUCUGCUAGCAACACAAUUGAUGGUUAGAUGGCAGGCCCUGCAAGGUGAGACCCAGGGCAAACAUGAUGGCAUGCACGUUCGCAUAAUUUCUAUAGAAAAGCACUACUUAUAGUGCAGAUGGCAUAGAAGGGUGUUUUGACAGAUGUAAGGGAUUCAUACAAAGUGUGUUAUUAACUAGGUGUAUAAACCCCUUCCAUACUGAGGUACGCGGGUCACUGGUGAAUCCUGCUUGUUAGGACUGACACUCAAUGCACCAGAUCUGAUUGAGAGACUGAUAUCUAGAUCACAGUAAUUCGUGCGAUCUGUCCAACUUCACCCAGCUUAGCUUGACUUUUUUAGAUUUCUAAAAGGUCGUUUCACCAAGAGGACAUGGAACUAGCGUAAAAAAAUUCAAACCACGAGUUCGCUGCGCCAUAAGCAUAGAGUUCUUACAAGAUUAUCAAGUUAUUUAGGUCAUAUGCUGUAUAUUAUGUCUGCGCAUUUUGGAUCAUGUCUCCGCUUGUGCACUUUGACGAACUGAUGGUGAUGGAAUCUGUGGCCAGCACUCAACCUAGUAGGGUCAUAUUAUUCUUUUUUACUAUCAUCUCUUUUCCUUUUAUCAUCAUCCAUAUUUAAA